AUGGGAGUGGUAGUUGGGGAGUUGGUGGUGAAUACCAGUCAAGAGCAAAAGUCAGACUGCGACUCCGAGAGGGACCGGCCAGAGGUGCGAUUCGCGGCCUUCGAUGCCAUCUAUUCGGCCACGACCCUGGUCAACGGUGUCCUCCUCCUCGCUUUCUACACCGACCGCCGUCUCCACUCGCCCAUGUGUUUCUUCCUCGCCAACCUGUCUUUGCUGGACGUCUCCCACCCCACGGCCGCGGUGCCCAAGUUACUGCGGGGCCUCACCAGCAGAGACAGGCGAUCUCGUUGGCCGGGGAAGGACGUCUUCCUUCUGGCGGUGUCGGCCUCUGAGCAUCGUUUGGCUGUUCUCCGCCCUCUCCACUAUGAUGUUCUCAUUGACGGGAGGGUGUGCGUCGCGCUGUUGGCCGGAGCCUGGCCGGCCCGCUUCCUCAAGUCCCCCCUGCAGGUGUCCUUCACCUUCACGAUGUCCUUGUGCCGCUCCAACCUGGUGGACCAGUACUACUACGACAUCCCUCUUGUGACAGGCCUGUCCCGCUCUGGCGGCUCCUACCUCCUCCUCAUAGCCACCAUCCUGAAGAGCCCCUUGGCCGAAGGGAAGCUCUGGGCCUGGUCCACCUGCACCUCCUGCCUGCUGGCCGUCGGCCUCUUCUACGGCCCCGUCAUCUUCACCUACAUCAGACCGUCUUCCGGUCACUCUCCCAGAAGUGACGGGCUCAUGGACAUGCUUUAUGGCGUCCUCGACUCUCCCUCAUCGAUAACCGGAGGAAGGAGGAAAUCAAGGGGGCCCUCCGGAAGUUGCUGUGUCAGAGGUUAUACCCGCUGGGGUCUCUUUGGCACCCAUAGGACCGCUAUGGACUGGACUCCCCCGGGAGUCGGUGCGCUGGACUGA